CCUCCCGCUUAACCUAGGACAUUAUCAGAAAGCUCAAACUAGCAAGGUCCCGGUUAGCCUGCUCUGGACACCUCACCAGCACCAUGCCCAUGACACUGGGUUACUGGGACAUCCGUGGGCUGGCUCACCCCAUCCGCAUGCUCCUGGAGUACACAGACACAAGCUAUGAGGAGAAGAGAUACACCCUGGGGGACGCUCCUGACUUUGACAGAAGCCAAUGGCUGAAUGAGAAAUUCAAGCUGGGCCUGGACUUUCCCAAUCUGCCCUACUUAAUUGAUGGGUCACACAAGAUCACCCAGAGCAACGCCAUCCUGCGCUACCUUGCCCGAAAGCACAACCUGUGUGGGGAGACGGAAGAGGAGAAGAUUUGGGUGGACAUUUUGGAGAACCAGGCUAUGGACACCCGCAUGCAGUUGGCCAUGGUCUGCUACAGCCCUGAGUUUGAAAAACGGAAGCCAGAGUACUUAGAGGGUAUCCCGGAGAAGAUGAAGCUCUACUCUGAGUUCCUGGGCAAACGACCUUGGUUUGCAGGGAACAAGAUCACCUAUGUGGAUUUCCUUGUCUAUGAUAUCCUUGACCAGCACCGUGUAUUUCAGCCCCACUGCCUGGAUGCCUUCCCAAACCUGAAGGACUUCUUGGCCCGCUUUGAGGGCCUGAAGAAGAUAUCUGACUACAUGAAAAGCAACCGCUUCCUCCCCAAACCAAUCUUUGCAAAGAUGGCCUUUUGGAACCCAAAAUAGGACUACAAAGCCCAGCCCUGGGGGAAUAUUCAUGACCACCCUGCUGGCUCAGGCCCUUGGGCAUGGUUCUGUGUCCCCACUGAAUGUUCUUUUCCUCUCCUUUCUAUUCUCUAUUCCUCCAUUUCUUCUUACAAGCCCUUCCUUCAGUCAAGCCUCUGAAUCCCUGGACUCCCCAUUUCUUCCUCAGUCUUCUGCUCCUAUACCUUUUUCCUGUCCUGCAUCCAGCCAUCCCUCAUUGCUGCUUGGAGGAAUAGACCAGACCCCAGAAUCUCCAGUAAGCUCUGAGCGAUCAGAUCUGCCUCUAUGCUCGCCCUGGUCCUCAGAGUGAGCAGCCCUGUCUGAUCCCCAGUAAAGUCUGAACGACA